ACACGAAUGACGGAUCAUGACAUAAGAUUUUAUAUCAUGAUAUGGAUAACAGCUGAUUCCAUCAUGAGCUGAUCCAAAUAUUCGCUGAUUUAAAUAUUCCAAACGCUUGUAUUCUUUUUAUGUCAAUGGUGCGAGAACGAUGAAUGGUCGUGAUCGAUCGAGAUACUCGAGAUACCAACGUCAAUACCGGGACCAGACAGCACCUGGUGGAAGGACACCGUCGUUCCCGUUUUCACGUGACACGUGGAGUUAAACGCUGGUAUCCGAAAACUCAUAUCAAUUAGAUGACGGCACGACGCCGUGGGCUGGCAGGUCAUGGGAGCCUGUCUCGGCCGCUGUUUAACGAAAGUCACAGAUUCCGUGCCGUACAGGUUCUAUCGAAGGCAUACCAGAAUGUCAUUCCAAGAAGAAGAACAAGUUGAGUUCAUGGAUGUCGAAGGACAUGAAGACCAAACUAAAGGAUCAAAUAGUCUCUUAUCGUUCCUCUCUUUAAAAAGAUUCAAGAAAAAACAUGGGGCUCCAGUAACUUUGGAAUUAUUGGAAGAUGGAAGAUGGUCACGGGGUGGUAAUAAAUAUGCCAGAUUGAGUUCUAGAAACGAUGUUUCCACAAGUUCUGGUCUGGAUGUGUCCCUUCAAGUUCUUGAUGCAAGAACAUUAAUGAAACAACAGGCUUACAUGUCAUCCACUCCGGGAUCAUCACUGGAUCUUGAGUGGGAACACGAAGGGAUGCCACUACCAAUUACGGAUGAUGGACAAGGAGACACAGAGUAUUCUCUUACACAGACAUCAGCUAAUAAUAGUCGAGCCUCCAGUCUGACAGCAUCUCCUUGGUCCAGAGUCUCAAGUCCAAAUAGUUUAGAAUGGGAUCCAGUGGAACAAAAUAUGGUAUGUGUCGAUAUAGAGACUGAACAACUUUUAACUGAGAUAGAGAGAUUAACAGAUAGAGCUCUAAAAGAGACUGGUGAAUGGACUAACACUAAUACUAGCUGA